GCAAAAGUAUAAAUUUUUAUUGUUUUUGGGGUGGUUCUCGAGACCCUGUGGACCAAACGGAAAGGUAAGUGAGGUGGAAAUCUCUUUGGUCGGAAUCCACCGCGUCGAAAUCUUGGCGAAGAUGGCGAUGAGGGACUUGGUCACCGGCGGCGCGGCCUGCGCCGUCCCCGGUAGCUCAUCGUCCUCGAAUCCCUUCGGUGCCCUUGCGAACGCCAUCCUGGGAUCAUCCAUGAAAGCCCAGGAUUUGAAAGGACUUCCAGAAAGCCGGGUUACGGUACCUAAUGCCUCUUCAGACUUGAGACCUGAAGCUCAAUUUACAAGCAUUCCAGGUUCUGAAUAUGAGGAUCAGCUAUAUCAGCAAUCAAAUGCUCAGAGCUCUGAAUUUAUUCGUGGUUUUCAUUCUGGUGGUAAUGGGAGUUUUGAAGAUGCCUGGGGUGAAAUUCAUCGACCUCCAGUUCUUCCCCUUGGUGGGAUCAGGGAGAGUGAAGGUCGUUUUGCUGAAUUCGAGCAGAUAUAUGAUGGUAGUGUGAAUUCCAAUAUUCACCAAACAUGGGAUGGACCACCACAAAGGGUUCUAUCCAAUUUCUUGCACUAUUUUGUGAAUAGUGAUCGUGAUCAUUUUGGAUUUCGCCCAACUGUUCUUCCUGCUCUGGGUUUGUCAGAAAGUGAUAAACGAUGCAUACGUGAUCGUAGCUGCAUCAUGGCCAGGCAUAUUUUUGCUGAUAAAAGUGAUCAGUAUAUUAAUGAACAGGUUAGUGCAUUCCUGCAUUGUCUAGACAUUGACAAUAAUCAGGUUGCAAGAGGACCUAUGCAAGGACCUUAUGCAGAACUUGAGGAAUACUGGAAUAAUUCUCAAGCUGUUUUAAGACCAGGGGUUCCCCAUCCAUCUGAUAAUUGGAUUACAGAAUUCAGUCAACAAAGGAGAAAUGAAGACCCCGAGUCCUGGGCUCAUUCUUUUGAGAAACAACAUGGUUCCAAAGGUUGGGUAUCAGAAUUUGAGCAGGAACAAGCACAAAUGGCAUCAACUGGUCAGCUUGUAGGUUCAAACCUCUCCAACAUAGCUGCAAUGGAGCAGACUCGUAUGCUUGCACAUACAUUAGCUCAAAAUAAUGACCCAAAGUUUCAGAACUCAAAGUUCCUUCAGUUUGUAUCAAAGAUGAGUCGAGGUGAGCUGAUAGUUGAUGAAAAUCAAAUCAAACCAGCUACUCAGAGUGUCUCAGGUGAUUGGGCCAAUGAAUUUCAGAUGCAGUACAACCAAAGUUCUAGCCCGUGGGCUGAUCAGUUUGUCCGGGAACAGCUUCCGCAGGGAACAAAUAAUUGGAUUAAUGAGUUUGCUAAAGAGCAUCAGAAGGAGGAAGUUGAUGAUCAGUGGGUCAACGAGUUCUCCAAACUGCAUGUUCAGGAUUGGGGAGAAGAAUUUGGGCAGCAGGUUGCUGAAAGAGCUUUUGACGAAAGUGCUGCUGACAGAUGGGCAGAUGCUUAUGAUGAUUACCUUGAUGAACAACUAGCUUUCAAACAAAAAUCAAGUGCUUCAAGAGGGGUGUAUGUGUUUUCCGAUAUAAAUCCUUAUGUUGGUCACCCUAACCCUUUAAAAGAGGGCCAAGAACUCUUCCGCAAGGGGCUUUUAAGUGAAGCUGUACUUGCAUUGGAGGCUGAAGUACUAAAGAACCCUGACAAUGCUGAAGGUUGGAGAUUUCUUGGAAUUACUCAUGCAGAAAAUGACGAUGAUCAGCAGGCUAUUGCGUCCAUGAUGCGUGCACAAGAAGUUGAUCCAACAAAUCUUGAAGUACUUCUUGCUCUCGGCGUCAGUUAUACUAAUGAAUUAGAGCAAGCGGAAGCUCUUAGGUAUCUGUACAAAUGGCUUCAAAAUCAUCCCAAAUAUAGAACUCUUGCUCCCCCAGAACAGUCUAGUUCUCUUUUUCAUACUGAUAUCGCAAGAUUGUUCAAUGAAGCUGCUCAGUUGUCACCUGAGGAUGCUGAUGUACAUAUAGUUCUUGGUGUGAUGUACAAUGUAUCAAGGGAGUAUGAUAAAGCUAUACAAUCAUUUGAAACGGCACUGAAACUCAAGCCACAUGACUACUCUCUCUGGAACAAACUUGGUGCAACUCAAGCAAACAGUGUCCACAGUGAAGAUGCAAUAUUGGCGUAUCAACAGGCACUUGACUUGAAACCUAACUAUGUUCGUGCUUGGGCUAAUAUGGGCAUAAGUUUUGCCAAUCAGGGCCGAUACGAAGAAUCGAUUCGGUACUAUGUGAGAGCUCUCUCAAUGAAUCCUAAGGCUGAUAAUGCUUGGCAAUACUUGAGUGUUUCUCUUAGGUUUGCAUCUCGCACCGACAUGUUGGAAGCUUGCAAUACGCGAAAUCUUGAUGCUCUACAGAAGGAGUUUCCAUUGUGAUUUGUCCAAUCUCAACUUGCAAGACAUCCUGCUUAUUAAGAGAAUCUGCUGAUGUGUUAAAAGAAACCUCAUUUUGUGCCCUUUUGAUUCUACUGAAUUCAGCGACGAUGAUUUCUGAUAGCACAGAGUGAUCAUCAUUAAGCCAGGACUCUCAUUAUCUAUCUGGCCACAGUAAGCAUGGAGUUGCAGUGGCUUUAAUUGAACUUGGAGCUGUUUCAUCAUCCAGCCAUGUGCAUUCUUGAGCAUAUAAGUUAAUUUUAGCCUUUAGUGGGCUUGGCUCAAUUGUAUCAAAUAAGCACAUGAAACUGUUUAAUGUGGUCUCAAAAAAUUGCAGUAUAAAUCACAUUAAUAUUUAUUUACAGCUAGAUAAUUCCAUUUCUUUAUUUUUCAGCA